AUGGUCAAGCCAACGCCACCUUCACCGCUGCAGCCAAUGAUUGAGAAUAGGAAUGAAGAAUUGAAGUAUAAGGGAGUAAGGAAGAGGAAGUGGGGGAAAUAUGUGUCGGAAAUAAGGCUUCCAAACAGCCGGGAACGGAUAUGGCUAGGUUCGUAUGACACGGCCGAGAAGGCAGCCAGAGCGUUCGACGCUGCCCAAUUCUGCCUCCGGGGACACAAUGCUGUGUUCAACUUCCCUCAUGAUCCGCCUAAUAUUAGUGGUGGUCAGUCUCUCAGUCCAGCUGAAAUACAAGUUGAAGCAGCUCAAUAUGCAAACAGUAACAGCAACAGCAAUAAUCAUCAGGCACCGACAGCAGAAACUCAGUCUGAAACAAUAAUGGAAUUAGAGGGCACAUCUUCGUUGAAUUCAGAUAGCGCUGUGGCUUCAAUGGAGUCAAUGGAUUGUUGUUUUUGUUUAGGCUUAUACGGUAUACCAUCAGCAUUAAUAUCUGGAAUACAUUUUUAUCUAAUUCCUAAAGUGUCUAGUGCUCUACUAGUUCGCUUACUUUCAUUUGCAAAUGUACUAAGGGAUGUCAAAAAAGCUCGAUGGCUCGGGCGGCCCGUUGCUCGGCUCGUGGCUCGGACCAACCGAGCCAAAGCUCGAUCCGAGCCCCAAAAAGAUUUGCUGCCAGUUCGUCAGCAAUCUAGCUGCCAACAGGCAGCUUUAUAA